CCGAGGCCACUCGCCGCUUUAAAUAUGGAUCGCGGGCUGGCGCUCGCCGCACAGCUUCGGCCGCUUAGCCCAUCCCCGAGCCCGGCCCCGGCUGCAGCGUCGGUUCCCGGCAGCCACACGGAGAGCCGGGCGCACACGCGGGAACUGCGGGAGGCAGAGUAGAGCGGAGCCGCCCCGCCACCGCUGUCCCCUCCCCGAGGCCGUCCCCUCCGCUCCGCGUCGCCGACCCUCCGGCGGCCGCCCUCGCCCCUCGGCCGCCUCCCGAGCGCACGGCGCGCAGCCACCCACCCGGCGCCAAAGUUGCGACCGCUGCCCCGCGCGCUCCGCGACCGGCCGCGCCAACUUCCCAGCCCACGCCGCCCGGGUCCCCGCGCUCCCCCGCCUCCCAGCCCCGGCGGCGCGCGGGGCAGAGCUUAGGUGGCGGCGGCGGCCGAGGUGGCGGCGAAAGCGGCGGCGGCGGCAGCGGCGGCGGCCGCUGCAGCCUCACACUCGGUCGCCAAGCUGGAGGAGCGACGGAAGCCCGACCCCAGGAGGAUGGAGGAUGAAGCUGUCCUGGACAGAGGGGCUUCCUUCCUUAAACAUGUGUGUGACGAAGAAGAAGUAGAAGGUCACCACACAAUCUACAUUGGGGUCCAUGUGCCCAAGAGCUACCGGAGAAGGAGACGCCAUAAGAGAAAGGCUGGGCACAAGGAAAAGAAGGAAAAGGAAAGGAUCUCUGAGAACUACUCUGACAAAUCAGAUGUGGAAAAUGCGGAUGAAUCCAGCAGCAGCAUCCUCAAGCCGCUCAUCUCCCCGGCCGCAGAACGCAUCCGAUUCAUCUUGGGAGAGGAGGAUGACAGCCCAGCACCUCCUCAGCUCUUCACUGAACUCGAUGAGCUGCUGGCUGUGGAUGGACAGGAGAUGGAAUGGAAGGAGACAGCGAGGUGGAUUAAGUUUGAAGAGAAAGUGGAGCAGGGUGGGGAGCGAUGGAGCAAACCCCAUGUGGCCACCUUGUCCCUGCACAGCCUGUUUGAGCUGAGGACGUGUAUGGAGAAAGGAUCCAUCCUGCUUGACCGGGAGGCGUCUUCCCUCCCACAGCUGGUGGAGAUGAUUGCAGACCACCAGAUCGAGACAGGCCUACUGAAGCCUGACCUCAAGGAUAAGGUUACCUACACUCUGCUCCGGAAACAUCGACAUCAAACCAAGAAAUCCAACCUCCGAUCCCUAGCUGACAUUGGGAAGACGGUCUCCAGUGCAAGUAGGAUGUUUAGCAACCCUGAUAAUGGUAGCCCAGCCAUGACCCACAGGAAUCUGACAUCCUCCAGUCUCAAUGACAUUUCUGAUAAACCAGAGAAGGACCAGCUGAAGAAUAAAUUCAUGAAAAAACUGCCUCGUGACGCGGAAGCUUCCAACGUGCUCGUUGGGGAGGUGGACUUCUUGGACACUCCCUUCAUUGCCUUUGUCCGCCUCCAGCAGGCUGUCAUGCUGGGUGCCCUGACCGAGGUCCCCGUGCCCACAAGGUUCUUGUUCAUUCUCUUAGGUCCAAAGGGGAAAGCCAAGUCCUACCAUGAGAUUGGAAGAGCCAUCGCCACCUUGAUGUCUGACGAGGUGUUCCACGACAUCGCUUACAAAGCCAAGGAUAGACACGACCUGAUUGCUGGCAUUGACGAGUUUCUAGAUGAGGUCAUUGUCCUUCCACCUGGGGAAUGGGACCCGGCAAUCAGAAUAGAGCCUCCAAAGAGUCUCCCAUCAUCUGACAAAAGAAAGAAUAUGUACUCAGGUGGAGAGAACGUUCAGAUGAAUGGGGACACACCUCAUGAUGGAGGCCAUGGAGGAGGAGGACACGGCGACUGUGAGGAGCUACAGAGAACUGGCCGGUUCUGUGGUGGAUUAAUUAAGGACAUAAAGAGGAAAGCACCGUUUUUUGCCAGUGACUUUUAUGAUGCUUUAAACAUCCAGGCUCUCUCGGCAAUUCUCUUCAUUUAUCUGGCAACGGUAACUAACGCCAUCACUUUCGGAGGCCUGCUCGGGGAUGCCACCGACAACAUGCAGGGCGUGUUGGAGAGUUUCCUGGGCACUGCUGUCUCCGGAGCCAUCUUUUGCCUUUUUGCGGGUCAGCCACUCACCAUCUUGAGCAGUACAGGACCAGUUCUGGUGUUUGAGAGGCUCCUUUUUAACUUCAGCAAGGACCAUAAUUUUGACUACUUGGAGUUUCGUCUUUGGAUUGGCCUGUGGUCAGCCUUCCUGUGUCUCAUCCUGGUGGCCACUGAUGCCAGCUUCCUGGUUCAGUACUUUACGCGCUUCACGGAAGAAGGUUUCUCCUCUCUGAUCAGCUUCAUCUUCAUCUAUGAUGCUUUCAAGAAGAUGAUCAAGCUAGCAGAUUACUAUCCUAUCAACUCUGACUUCAAAGUGGGUUACAACACUCACUUCUCCUGUGCUUGCCUGCCACCAGAGCCAGUCAAUCUCUCCAUAUCUAAUGACACCUCAUUAGCCCCAGAGGACCUGCCGACUGUUUCUUCUACUGACCUGUACCAUAAUGCCACCUUUGACUGGGCCUAUUUGUCAAAGAAGGAGUGUGUGAAAUAUGGAGGACAGCUCGUGGGGAACAACUGUGACUUCGUGCCCGAUAUCACUCUGAUGUCCUUCAUCCUCUUCCUGGGUACUUACACCUCAUCUAUGGCUAUGAAGAAAUUCAAAACCAGUCGCUACUUUCCAACCACAGCAAGAAAACUGAUCAGUGAUUUUGCCAUUAUCCUGUCCAUUCUCAUAUUCUGUGUGCUAGAUGCCCUCGUCGGGGUGGACACUCCGAAGCUGAUUGUGCCAAGUGAGUUCAAGCCAACCAGUCCUAACCGGGGCUGGUUUGUCCCACCAUUCGGAGGAAACCCCUGGUGGGUGUGCCUGGCUGCCGCUAUUCCCGCUCUGUUAGUCACCAUCCUGAUUUUCAUGGACCAGCAAAUCACAGCUGUGAUUGUGAACAGGAAAGAGCAUAAGCUGAAGAAAGGAGCUGGGUACCACCUGGAUCUGUUUUGGGUGGCCAUCCUCAUGGUAGUGUGCUCCUUCAUGGCUCUCCCCUGGUACGUGGCUGCCACUGUCAUCUCCAUUGCCCACAUUGACAGUCUGAAGAUGGAGACGGAGACAUCUGCACCUGGAGAACAACCGAAGUUUCUGGGCGUGAGGGAACAGCGAGUCACUGGAACCCUUGUGUUUAUUCUGACUGGCCUGUCUGUCUUCAUGGCUCCCAUCUUGAAGUUUAUCCCCAUGCCUGUUCUGUACGGCGUGUUCCUGUAUAUGGGCGUGGCCUCGCUUAACGGUGUGCAGUUCAUGGACCGUCUCAAGCUGCUUCUGAUGCCCCUGAAGCAUCAGCCUGACUUCAUCUACCUGCGCCACGUCCCCCUCCGCCGCGUCCACCUGUUCACCUUCCUGCAGGUGCUGUGCCUGGCUCUGCUCUGGAUCCUCAAGUCAACGGUGGCUGCAAUUAUCUUCCCCGUCAUGAUCCUGGCCCUGGUAGCUGUCAGAAAAGGCAUGGACUACCUCUUCUCCCAGCAUGACCUCAGCUUCCUUGAUGAUGUCAUUCCAGAGAAGGACAAGAAAAAGAAAGAGGAUGAGAAGAAAAAGAAAAAGAAGAAAGGAAGUUUGGAUAGUGACAAUGACGAUUCUGACUGCCCAUACUCAGAAAAGGUCCCCAGUAUUAAAAUUCCAAUGGACAUCAUGGAACAGCAACCCUUCCUAAGUGAUAACAAACCCCUGGACAGAGAAAGAUCCUCAACAUUCCUUGAACGCCACACAUCAUGCUGAUAAAAUUCCUUUCCUUGAGUCGCUGGGUUUACCCAGUCCUCCAAGAACUCCAGUGAAAGUCGUGCCUCAAAUUAGAAUCGAAUGUGAGCCUGAAGACAACGAUUAUCUUUGGAGGAGCAAGGGAACAGAGACCACAUUGUAACCUGUUUGUCCUUCUCAAAACUGACACUUCUGUUGUUAACUGUUCUAAUUUUUUUGUCUAUGUAUUUUAAAAAACUUUUGUUCAGUCACUAGCUGAAUAAUACAGUCAUUUUCUAUGCUUCUCUCUUGCAUAGGUAAAAAUCAACACAAUAGUGUCCCUUUCCUUU